AUGUUCGCGGCUGUCGGGGGCUUCGGGGGCCUCCGGCGCAUCCGCCUGGGGCGCAUCUUACGCUGGGCCCCGGGAGCGCACGGAGAAGCCGCGCCCCGGCCCAUCGCGCCUCUGCGGCCUCGGGGUCUGCCCCGCUACUGCAGCGGCCGGGCGGCCAGCGGCUCUGAGCACCAAGGUCCAGCAGGAAAGGUCCACCGGGUCCCCGCCGAAUACAAGCCUUCGCAAUUCGAUAAGAAAAUCCUGCUGUGGACCGGGCGUUUCAAAGCGAUGGAGGACAUCCCGCCUCGGAUCCCGCCAGAAAUGAUAGAUGCUGCAAGAAACAAGGCUCGGGUGAAAGCUUGUUACAUAAUGAUUGGACUCACCAUUAUCGCCUGUUUUGCAGUGAUAGCAUCUGCCAAAAAGGCUGCAGAACGACAUGAAUCCUUAACGAGUUGGAACCUGGCAAAGAAAGCUAAGUGGCGUGAAGAAGCUGCAUUGGCUGCACAGGCUAAGGCCAAAUGAAAUUCUAAGUGACACAGUGUUAAUCAGAGGAU